AUGUCUGUUAGCUUCUUGGAUAUGAACACUAACCAUAACAAUCAAGGAAUAAAUCAACUGCUCAUGAUGAAUGGAAAUAACAAUUCAGGUAACCAGCAACAACAACCUCCUCCCCCACCGCCUGGUCAACAACAAAUGUUUAAUCAGACUCCUCAAAUGCAAUACCUGCAAGGACCUCAACCAGGACCGCAAGUAAGAAACAGCAGUGUUCCUCCUCCUCCACCACCACCUCCGCAACAACAGAUGGGUCAACCACAAAUGCAACAACAACAGCGGUUCAACAUGAAUAUGCCUCAACAAAUGUCUCAACAACAAAUGAUGGCCGCUCAACAACAAUUACAGCAGCAGCAACAACAACAACAACAGGCGGCAAUGGCAGCAGCUUCUGGUAGAGCUAUGCCUUCCAAGAAUGCAGCUUUUAACGGGGCUCCAACCAAUGGUCAAUCUGUUCAAUUAAGUGGUACAAAUGGAGUAGCUACUAAUUCCAAUGGUGGUAACAAUAACAAUAAUAACAGUAAAACUGUGUCGUAUAAUCCAAAUGGGUUAAUGUCAAGUCUACCUUCAGCAAAUUUGCAAUCACAAUCAGCGUCUACUUCUCGAGUACACACACCACAUAUGGGAAAUCAACCACAACCAUUUAUACCACAGCAAAUGCAACCCCAACAGAUUCAACCUCAACAGGGUCCAAACCAACAGCAUUCAGGACCACCAGCUCCUAACCAACAACAGAUGUUAAAGAAAGGCAAUGCUGGAAACACAUCAGUAGCGGCUACUCCUAAAAAUGGCACUAUAGGAUCGGCACUGGGUCCUGCUUCACUGCAGCAAUAUCCUUCUUUUGCUCAGUCUUCGGGACAACUGUUUGGCAUGCCUCCAAAUACUGCAAACAAUAAUCAACCACUACAAACCCAAUUUGGUCCACAAACACAGCAGCAGCAACAGCAACAAGGUCAACACCCAACUAUUUCUGGCCGCUCACCAAUUCUGCGACAAACAUUGCCAGCCAAUGGUUCACAGGAGGUUAACAAUGCGAUUUCGGAACAAUUUCAGCAAGAAAUAAACACCAGAAUUAUUAAACGAAACUUGGGAAAUACAGCUAUCAUUAGAAUUUUGGACUUGAUUGAUUUUAUCUCCAACCAGCUGUAUGAGAAUCUUUCCAAUAUAGAUUUUUGGACCAGAAUAACACCAGCGAAUUUUUUACCAUCCGCUAUACUAAAAUUUAACUUUUUGGGUAAUGGUAGCAGUGGCACGUCAUUGCACGAAGUUACUGGUUUAAACUUAAAUUUUUUGCAAUUGAAUGCAGAUAGUAAUAAUCCAAAUUCUCCACAUCAAUUUGAGUUGAACACUAGCACUGCACCAAGAUUUUUUGUGAGUUGUGUUCAAGCAAAAACCAUUAUUAGAUGUAGUAUUACAUUAUCUGGGUCCAAGUUUCAAGUUUUAAAUAAUGGUUCGAUUAUAAUUGUUUUGAAAAUUGAAUUGCAUUUCAACUAUCAAGAUGGUUCGAAUUCUGUUUCACGCGGUACAGUGAAGAUUUUAAUGAGUAGAGAUUUGAGAAUUGAAUGGAUUGACUUGAACUGUGCAGAUUACCAAGGGAAUAUUUCUAUGUCAGCAUUAGAAACUAAAUUAAAAGCAAUAAUAGAUUCAAAGAAAGAUUUCAAAAAACAAAAGGAAUCUCUUGAUGAAAUGAUAAGUACUUCGCAUGCUGUUCGCUUAGGUGCUACUUCGGGUAUUGAUGCCCAAUCAAUGAGAAUAUUACAGCUUGGUGAUAUAAUGACAAGUAUGAAAUCCUUGAUGGAAUUCAGUGUUGUUAACAACGUAUCUUCUCCUUUGAGAUCAUUAGAAUUAUUAAUAACAUCUCAGGGAGCUCAACAGGCUCAAGCAUUACAAGCUCAAAUGGCUGCUCAAGCUCAUUUCCAAGCCGCAAAUGCUUCUGGUGCAAAUUCAUUUAUUGGCUCCCAACAACUGCAAGUCAAAAAGAAUCUUGCUUCUGCAGCUAAUAACAACGGUAACAAUACUGUUUCGUCGCCAUCACCAAGAACUAUAAAUGCAGAAGACCCUAAGAAAAAGCGUAAACCAAGUAUGAGUUCAUUAGGAGAUGGAAAGAGGAGAAAAUAA